CAUUGCUCCACCCAAAGAGGAUAUGAAUAGGGAAGCUAGUGGAGGGGUUGAAACUAUAUAACCUGAAUCACAACUUUUUCCCUGUCUGGUUGUAAAAUCCUGUGCGCGUUUAUGAAAUCACAUGGCAUUAAGAAUGCUUCAAAGAUGGCGGUAGCAUCGGCGCUUUGUGGUAACAGAGUGCAGAAAAGUGCGUGUUUGGAGGUGCUGGUACGGGAGCGAUGGCACGCGGUGCUGGCGAGUUUAAGCGACGAGUUGCUGACGCUCAGCUGCGAGGAGUCCGCGGGAGACACCAGCGUCAACCUGAACGUCAUCACCACCAACGGCUCUUACGAGCUAGCAGACCCCACGAACAGUCCAGAAGCCGGGAUUAAGACUACUUACAUAGAUUCACAAGUGCCCGAAGCGAUUGCGAACCGCAAAAGAUGUGUGAAAGUUAUCAAACAGGAGGUCGGGGGGCUGGGGAUCAGCAUCAAAGGUGGGAAGGAGAACAAGAUGCCUAUUCUUAUUAGUAAAAUUUUCAAAGGUCUCGCUGCGGAUCAGACUCAAGCGCUGUACGUGGGGGACGCGAUACUGUCCGUGAACGGGAUAAAUCUGCGGGACGCCACGCACGACGAGGCGGUGCAGGUGCUGAAGAAAGCGGGCAGAGAAGUUGUGCUGGAAGUGAAGUACAUGCGAGAAGCCACCCCAUAUGUGAAAAAAGGGUCACCAGUGUCUGAGAUUGGCUGGGAGACCCCCCCGCCUGAGUCUCCUCGUCUCGGCAGUCCUCUGUCCGAUAUCCGCAGCCCCCUCUCGCUGUCCUUACAGGGCGACCGUAGAUACAUCCCCCUCAGUAUGUGCUACAUCACUCGCAGUAUGACCACCCCUGACCCAGAAAACAGGCAGCUGGAGCUGCACUCGCCUGAUGCAAAGCACACGAUAGUAAUGCGGUAUAAAGACACAGCAUCUGUUCAGACCUGGUUCACUCUCAUGCAGUCCACCAUCACAAUCCUCACCAGCAAGGUCAUCAGCGAACUCCGAGAACAUGCGGGCCACCACGGCAUCGGCGGGAGUCGAGAGAUACGACACCUCGGCUGGCUUGCGGAAAAGACGGAAAGUGAGAGGCAGUGCUGGAAGCCGGUGCUCGUGGUGUUGACAGAGAAAGACCUGCUGCUGUUUGACAGUUUGCCACGCAUGAGAGAACACUGGCUCAGCCCCUCACAUAGCUACCCUCUGCUUGCCACACGGCUGGUUCACUCUGGCCCAGAUAAGGGUUCACUGCAGCCUUGUGGUGAGUUUUCCUUUGCCACAAGGACAGGAACCAGAUUGGGUAUUGAGACGCACCUCUUCAGGGUGGAGACCUGCAAGGACCUGUCACUCUGGACCAGGCACAUAGUAACUGGCUGCCAUGCAUCUGCCGAGAUGAUCAAAGAAGUAACUACCAGCUGUAUGUAUCAAGGUCAGGACUGUCGAUUGGUCAUUCACUAUGAGCGAGGUUUUUCUGUGAUAGCAGAUGGAGAGGACAGCACUCUGGCCCAGACUGUUUUUAGCUACCCGUUCGAAAAGCUGAAGAUGUCUGCUGACGACGGCGUCCGGAUCCUCUAUUUGGACUUUGGAGGAAAAGAGGGUGAAAUUCAUCUGGACUUGCACUCCUGUCCCAAACCAAUUGUUUUUAUCCUUCACUCCUUCCUAUCUGCCAAGAUUGCAAGACUAGGAUUGGUAGCCUAAGAUCAAACUUUUAUAGACUGAAACAGUGACGUGACCAUUCCAGCAUGGAGAAAGGAGAUCCAGGAUAUGGUGGAACUCACAAGACUGAAAUAGGGUAAUGAAGCAGAACUGAUCAUGAAGUGAAUCAGAUUCUGGCUGAUUUUAAUUACAUUUCAAUAAUGAUAAAAUGAUAAAAUGUUAAUUAUGGUGAAACGCCAUUUCACAUACACUGAUUUUCUAAGAAAAAUAUCAAAGCUAUAUAAUGAACACUAACUUGUGAUUGGAACUAAAAAAGUAAUACUGGAAAUAUUUUUUUAUCCAAUACACGCUAAAUGCUUUGACAGCAAAGUAUUCAGCACUUACAAUAGCAUUAACUUUAAUGUAACACUGAGAGGGAAGGAACACAUCUGUAUGGCAGCUGUCUGAGUAAUUAGAUCUGUCUGGCAGAUAAUGUGGAUUAAAGAAAGGCUAGUUUUAAACCCUGUUAAUGCACAUAAAAGUCAAACAGCCUGAAAACAGUCAUCUUGUUUUGUUUCUGGUGCUUUCACAUGGGAGAUUUGCUUCACCGAUAGUUUAGCAGAAUCAACAAGGACAAUCUAGAGAGCUGGUCAUCAAAGAGGUAUGUCAACAAACUGUCUGGUUUCACAAGGCCUUUGUGUCAAAAAUGGAAAUCGAGACAGGGUCAGUACUCCCCUUCACUACUGUAUCUGUUUUCACUGACAAAUGGAGUUUCUGUGACUUUUACAAAUGGCUUGCCUCCAAAAUCUAGAGUUCUAUAGAAACUUUUUAACUUAAAGAGAUAGUUCACCCAAAAAUGUAAAUGAUCUGAAGGAUUUUCUCUCCUAAAUGAUUCCACAUUGCAUGACAUGCAUUGCACAUUUCAUUGCCAUUGUUGAGGCUCAGAUUUGCACUGCAUGGCCUGUGGACAUAUUUAGCUUCACUGUACACAAACAAAGGCCUUUCAAUGUCAGUAAUAAGUUAUAAAUUAGAGCACUUGAGAGUUUCCAAGUAAACUAGCAAUUAAUGUGUCCAUUGUUGGGCACAGGUUCCCAGAGCACUGAUCCAUUGUAGGGGUUAUGGAUUUGGGGACAGCAGAGCCUCUGUGGGACAGUCCAACUAUAAAGUUUUUUUGUGCAAAUAAUCAUUUGUCACCCCAUCUUGGACCUCUAAAACUAAGUAGGCUGUUUUUAGUUGCUGUGUCUUGAAGACUAUGCAAAUAUCCUCUUCACAUGUGAAAUAAGGAUCAGCAUUUUUGUACUUAAGGUGUGGCCAUACUAGAGUUUGUUCUUCAUUUACUUCAUAUGCAUUUGAAUGUGCGAGACAGUAAAUGCAAGCUCAUGCAAAUCAAUUUUGCAUUUCAUUGCUUAUCAAAGUUCAAGUUUGGCGAAAUCUGACCUGCAAAAUCAUAUGACGAGAAGACGUGACCAAUGGAAGAUCAAUAUUUCCUUUUGACCUCUUGGUUCAGUACAAAGAACAUUGAAAGAUGUACAGCAUAUAUUAAAGCUGCAUGUUUUUAUUGUUUCAGGAAAGCGGAUUAGGUGGUAUAUUUUAACAUUUUGAAUAUAAUAUUUGUUAUUUGAAAUGUAUUAUUAAAAACAGCAGCCCUAGAGGAUGGCAUAUCAUUCUUUCCAUGGUCAGAGGUAAUUUUGCAUGCUAAAAAAAGCUGAGUGCUACUGCAGCUUUACUCACAAGCUGGAUAUUUGGUGUCUGUCUAAUGUAUUUUUUUUAUGGCUCCAUCCUUCAAUAACAGCCUCUUUGCAAAGUUUGCAGCUAAGUUUAUGGUGUUUUUUCACUGGGGAGGAAGUUUUGAGUGAAAUUUACAGUAUUAUUUCAUAGUACAAUGAACUCAUCUCAAAAGGUAAACCUCCUGUGACCUGAGCAUGACUGAUGUGUGCAUUUUCCAUUUCCAUUUUUGAUUUGUAACAAGUAGCACCUAAAAAACAAGCAAAUUUCUAGAGCAAAUAGUUUCCCUAAAAAUGUAUGUCCACAUAUGUGGACAGCUGGACUAAAUUUUGACAUUUUAAAUAAUACCAUGCUAUAAAAAGAUCAGAUUUUCUUCCCUUGUUUAUAAUAUUUCCAGGAGUGUUAGUUAUUCAUGUUUUUGAGAUUUUACAGACAUUUAAAUCAGAAAUUAGCAUAAUUAAUUCUGAUUCAAAGUAAUGGCCAGCAUCAUCCAAUCACUGCCCAACCAUGUUCAAAUAAAAUGAUACAUGAAAAAUU